UAUUAUAGAUCCCCAGUUUCCGGUUCCACAUUCCAGUCGAAAGAUGAGGUUUUGCGCCAUCUUAGUCUAGCAAAGCAUGACAGCGGCACAUCUGGAAGGGCAUCAUGUUCUAAUGAAAGCAAAAAACAACCUGCAAAAGAAAUAAAGGAAUCUCUUGAACCUUCAGGAUGGAUUUUGGAGAUUAAAAGUCGAAGGAGAGGAAAAACUGUGAGAAAGACUAACGAGUCUCCAGAUUCACAUAGAGAGUUGGGUGAAACUACCACAAUUCCUGACAGAUUGCUGCAGCCAUCUUCUUCUCAAGAAAACAUAGGGGCAAAACCACAUUACAAAAAUGAAACAGAAUCAGCAACCUUAAACCCUACCGAAUCUGAUGGCAGGAUCCUCGCAAAACAUGCAGAAGACGAGGCAACUGAGGAGGAAGAAACCAAGCCUGAAUCUGCCAUUAAAUCAAUGGAGAUCUCCAACGAAGAGGACAAGGUGACAUCGCAAGAUGAAAAUCUACCUGAGAAGCUCCCUCUGAUAUCAAAUGAGACAUCAAAGAAUUAUCUUGAAGAUGAGAUGAAACUUUCCAUGGCCAAACAGAACACUUCUGAUGAAAAAGUAAACAUUUUGGAUCUACAAAAUAAGAAUCUCUCAGAAGUGGAGAAGGAACUUCCAGUAACUGUGGGGAAUCCCUCAACUCCAGAUUUGGUGAAACCAAAGCAUGGAAGCAGGAAAAGAUUACCCAGACGGCUAUCUUACGUCGAAGCUGAUCCUAAGACUGAUGUUGAUAUGGGCGGCGAACGUCCCCAUGAAUUGAAAUCCAAAUAUGUGUUCAAACAAACCCCUCAAUGGCCUAACGAUGAAGGUGGCGCCAGCGCCAGCGCCACGAACAUGUCGGAAGGCGGAGCGAUGGUGAUGCAUGAAGCAACCAUGGAUUGGCCUGAUUUCUCAUCGGCUUCGCUGUUCGGAGAUUCGUGGUCUGAUCCUUGUUUAGAAUUUGCGUUCAAGACACUAACAGGUGAUCUCCCGGUUCUUGAUGAUGCAAUAGCGAUUCAGGAAUAUUUCCAGCAGCAGAUCUUUCUAGUUGAAGGAUCAACGAGCGCAGAUGUUCUUGCUCCUGUAUCAAAAAACAAAACAGAUACUGCGGCUAAUGUUGAUGAGGAUGAUAAGGUGGAAAAAUAGAUGUUUUCUAAAUGAAAUGUUUGAAGACAAAUUCUGUAAUGUUAUGUAAUGAUAAGAAUUAGUCUUUUUGCUGUAA